AUGGCCGCAUCAAUUUUGAAGAACCUUUUGGGUAAAGCAAGCAAAGAGACUUUGCAAACUCUUGAAACGUAUUUUUUUGCAUGGAUGAACCAAAAGGGGAACACUAUGCUUUUGCGCUGCGGUCUCAAUGUCUAUAAUAUCUACAUUGAUGAGUUUGGAUUUAACUUUAACGCUAAAUUGGAUGAUUUAGCCAUUGGCAAUAUUGACACACUCUUGAAAGAGGGUGAAAAUAAAGACGGGUCUUCAACGCAGCAUGCGGAGUGGGAAGAUAUUUACUCACUGUUAGUUACAUUUUCAUCCGUUGCUCAGAGUAAUUCUAAAGGCAUUUUUACGAAAAGGUUUGAGGGUUUGUGGAAAAAGGUGUUCUCCGUGCUCCUAUACCCUCAUUCAUGGGUUCGUUUAGUCGCUUCUCGCUUAGUGGGGAUGUACCUUGCACGAAGAGAUGAAGCUGAGAUCAAUGUGACAAGCUACGAAACUCAAACGAUAGCGUACAGGUUGUUGAGACAACUCUCUGCACCAUCUAUCACGGAAGAGCUUGGCGAAUACGCCAUGAACAACCUUCUACUUAUAACACUUCAAUGGCAAGAAAAUUCCACUCCCUACGAGAUUUUAGAGGAGCGAGAGGGGGAAACAAGGUACGCUUUGGCCACUGACUUCGUGCUCGCCAGAAUUUGUGGACUUUUGCGUCAAGAUGCUAAUCAACAAGAUUUUGUAACGUCAAAGAAGAUAUCCCUCAAGUUGUUGAAGAUUUUGAGUGAAAAGGUCAGCGUGAAAUACUUGUUAGAGCAAUCGGAAACUAUCAUUCUUGCACUUGUUAACUUGAUCGAUUUGUUGAGCACUAAUGACUCUGAUGAAACUCUUCGCAACCUUUCGCAAGAAUGCUUGGAGGUGAUUGAAAGUCGUCUUGGAGUGUCUGAUUAUACUGCAGUUUAUGCUAGGGUGCAAAAUAUUAUCAGUCAACGAAGACAAGAUAGAAAGGUCAAAAGGGCCCAAACAGCCAUCAUUGCACCUGAUGCCUUUGCAAAACGAAAAUUAAGAAAACAUGAGCGGUUUAGAGAAAAGAGGAAGCAUGAAAAGGACGAAAAGGGCUAUUACAAACCAAAAAAGAGGCGGACGGGUGUUUUAUCAACUGUUUUUUAUAAAGUUGUGCAUAAUUAG